AUGGAUCCGCUCGCUGGCCUAGCAGAAGCUCUCUCACAAUGUCAGCACCACUACAACGAAGCGCUCAAGCUUAUCCAGACGACAUCAAAGAAACAUCACACCACACAACGCGAGCUCGAGUUGGCAUCUCGUAAGUUAGAAGAGUACGAUGCCGAGAAAGCACAUCAAAUGGAUGUAAUUAGUUCCCUACGAGAAGAACUCUCCGCUCUUAAGAGUACCGUCAAAAAACUUGAGCAACAACUACCGGAUGGAGACAGUGCUCGUCUACAAGACGAUGACGCAACAUAUGAAAAAUCUCUCCACGAUAACCGAAAGAAAUACGAUCCUGAAAGUGUUGUAUCUGCAUUCAAACCGUCUCCAGGAACCGCGGAUUAUCAUCACUACUCUCGCGUUUUUAGGCUUUACCGUGAACUAUAUGAGGAAAACACCAACUGGAUCAGAGCAUUCUGCAAACUACGUCGAAACCACAAGGCUUCCAAGGAGAAACUGAUCGUGUGGAAUCAUUUGAUGGAGAAGAACAGCUUCGAGACCGCUGUUAAUGGGGAGAAGGUCGUUUUCCAGAGGGCCAGUCCAAGCCAUCCCGAGAGAUCAAUCAUCCUCGAGUCCCCGAUUCUACCUCGGAUGAGAACUCACAGACACCUAAGCUGGGAUGGCAAUGUUAAGGACCCCAUUCCUUCUCAACUCCCAGAGCAUUACUCAGACCCAGCGUCAACCCAGUCACAGGACCUCAGAUAUGAUGAGCGCCGACUGCCUCCCCCAGAGUCGCCAGAUACCCCGAUGAUUGUUAGCGAAAGGCCGGUUCGCCGACAACGAGCUGGAAACCCCACGUAUUGCCCCGUGAAGGUGGAACAGAGCCCGACAGACGGCGGCACCGCUGCUAAACCCUUCGACGUUAAAAGCGAACCGAUACCCAGUUCACCGAUUCAGAUAGCUUCCAUCCCGCAUCACACAAACCAGGCUGAAGAACAUACCUACGACCCAAUGUCUAGCCCUAUCCUUGACCCAAUCGAUUCGCCAUUACCCAGGCCUAAACUUGCUGUAUUACCAGACCAAGGUAGCACCACCCCUAUUCUCCAGGAUGAUAAACUGGAACUUGAUGCAAACCAGUCGACUGGAUCACACGGCAAAAAGCGAGGAAGACGAGCACUGCAGCCUGUCGAUACCAACGUGACUCCGCUAAGAAAAUCUACCAAGGACCAUGUAGAACCUCAGUCAAAGCGACGAAGACCUGACUUCUCGAGAGGUGCCCAUGCUGUCCCAAGUGUUGCCGAAGAUGGUGAAGCAGAGGAGUAUCUAGCUGGCCGACGAUCACUACGCUCGUCUGCCGCGGCAAGUGCUAAGAAAAACACACCCGUAGCUAAGAUGCGACAGACUCGUCUUUUGGACCUCCUGGAAACCCAACAUACUCCACGGCCAAUUCUGUUAUUGACCCCUCAGACAGCUUCAGCCAAGUCUAACCAGUUUGCUACCCCUCGAGCCCCAGGUAAUAAAACCGAGAUUAAGAUGACGCCAGCUACUUCACUGCCCAACGAUGUGCAGCAACUAGACAGCCACCGGGUUGCGGCUUCUUCCCUAGAGGUAGACAACGAUGACGAGUUACUCCCGGAAACCCGAUAUCGAGACCGGCCUGUCCACGAACUUGGCCUAGAGCAUUUCAAGGUCAAUCCUAACAGAAACCAAGGCCUCGACUAUGUAUUUGAGGAAGUCGUCCGAGACAAGAGCAUGAGAAAACAACUUCGCGGAUGCCUAAGGCAGGAAUGCUGUGGCCCAAUAUACCGCAGGAUGGCCAAGGAUGAGCUUGGAGAGGAACCUCGCCCGCUUAGUUCCCUUACCGGCGCAGAGCUUGACCUCCUACGAGAAGACCUAGGUAACAACUACAAACUUACCUUAGAGCGCAGCUCCUCCGUCGAGAUUCGCAACAUGUUGCUCGAAGCCAAAGCCUGUGUCCUUUCGAACAAAUAUAGUAAACACCGAAGUGCGCAUGCCCGUGGAAGGACGCCGCCUGGAUAUUGGAGGACGGACAUGCCAUCCACACAGGAGGUAGAGUUAGAUCGGAAGACGGCUCAGAAGCUUGAGCGGGAGAAGGUUCUUGAUAGGUACAAGGAGGCAUGCAAGGAUAACGGACAUUGGAAGUUUGCAGACGAAUAG